CCCUACGUCAUUUCGGCGAGUGACGUCAGACAGGAACCAGUGGAGGGGAGCUUGACAAAUCAAGAUGGCGUCCCACGCUGAAGCAGGAAAGAGAUGUCAGUAUAAAUAAAACUCAUUUGGAGAUAAGUUUGAAUUUUAGUGCCCCGUCGACGAGACGUCAUUUGGAUUUUGGAAGAGCAGGACGGAGCAGAAACAGGCGUCUCUAAAUGGCUGCGAGGAAGUCUGGAUCAGAUGCAUUUAACAAUGGACCCAUCAGCUACCUUGAUGAUGUUCCCUUUAAGAUCAAUGACAAGUUCCGCUGCCCAGCCAAAGUAGGACUUCCUGUUGGUUUCUGCCUGCCAGACUGUGGCUCAUUACUGGUGGACACACAGUAUGACUUUUCUCUGGAGAGGCGUAGUGUGCGCUGGGGGCUUGACCUUGCUGAGGCCAGAGCAGCAGAGACCAGAGCAGAAGUUGCAGCAGCCAAGCAGGAGGCUGAGAACAGGGAGCGUUUGGCGCAGGCAAAGGACAUUGAUGGUGGCGGAGGCAAGAAACCCCAGUCUACGGCAGAGGACCAGGACCUUCUACCACCAGCGAUGAACCCCGUCCUCGCGGGGCUGAGCCAUAACGCCAUCCUCACUCCACUGCCUGCCCCAAGCCUUGGCCCCAGGAAAACCCAGCCUAGCACUCCUCAGCCGCACAGCCUCAACCUAGCUGACUUUGAGCGUGAGGAGGACCCCUUCGACAAGCUCGAACUCAAAACUUUGGACGAUAAGGAGGAGCUUAGGAGCAUCCUCCAGAGCCAGCCCCAACCUCAACCUCAACCUCCUCCCUCUGUAUCCUCUCCAGAGGUCUCCCAGAGGGGGCCUGAGUCACGUGGAAACAGCCCACCACCACCAAGCACCAACACCAGCCUCACAGUCAAACCCGGAUUUGCACAUAAACCAAACGGGUUGGUUGCCUUGUUGGACAUGGACAGAGUAGGGCAUCCUGGGAGAACAGGGUUCGACACGGAUGAUCGGCCUUGUAACAUACGCUCUCUCACUUUUCCCAAGCUCUCUGAUUCUGGUGAUCCAGAGCCAGUGAGGUACAGCCCAAUCCUCGCGCCCAUCCCUACUCCCCGGCAGAACCUACCAAACGGCAGCCCGCCGACCAUACCCAAGACCCAAGUUAUUGUUGCCCCUGAGCCUCAAAGCCACAACAAGAGUGGUGCACCAAAGCUGGUUAACCCUGGAUCAGGAACUGCUGGUCUGCCAUGUGGUGGAGCCCUACUCAGUAUGACCCCCAGUGAGCGUCAGUGUGUGGAAACCCUUGUUGGCAUGGGCUACUCCUAUGAGGGCGUACUACGAGCCAUGCAGAGACAAGGGCAGAAUGUGGAGCAGGUGCUUGACUAUCUGUUCGUGCAUGGACGUCUCUGUGAGCGAGGCUUCGAUUCGAGUGCAGUGGAAGAAUGUUUAGAGAUGUACCAGUGUUCAGAGGAAAAGGCUCUUCAGUUUCUUGAGCUCAUGUCUAGAUUUGGUGAAAUGGGGUUUGAACGAGAUGCCAUCAAAGAAGUGCUGCUUGUCCACAACAACGAUCAGGACAAGGCUCUAGAGGACCUAAUGGCUCGGGCUGCUGCUAGCUGAGCUAAGCUAACCAACCAACUGAAGCCCAGCCCAUGGCUUGCCUCCUGCUACUAGCCAACACAGCCCCUUUCCUUCUGCCCACCCUAUCACACCAUGUCCUGCCCCUUCCUCGGUUGUGGAAGGGACAGCCGGGAGACAGUUCUUUCUCUCUGUGCUAAAUUGUAUUUUGUCUCAGCACUUCUUUAAGACUGUGUGCCUAGAGUGGAGGGGGUCAGAGGGCAAUGAUACUUCACAGUGGUGUUGUUUUUCUACAAAAAGCCUUGGAUUUGGUUCCAGGAUUUGGAGCUUCUUGGGUAUUUACAAGAUUGGAGGAACUUAUCAGCUGUGAAAGAGAAACUGGCUGUGGCAUUUUAAUGCUGUUCUGUUUUGCUUCCAUGGGAAGUGUUUAUGGACUCAAAGAACUGCAGGACUGGAAAGGAGGCUGAUGAGAGCCUCAGAGUGCAUCGCAGACAGACCAGUUUCAACUCUUGAAACUCCCAACAACUAAGCUGCCAUCUUCCACUGCUCAGUGCAGACCUAUUCAAUGGUGGAGGGGUUGGGGGCCUUGAGGAGGAUCUCUCCAAACUGAACCAACUAACAUUUAAAGUUAAAAAAAAAAAAAAAAAAAAAGUUAAAAAAAUAAAUAAAUGGAAAAAACAAAGGCCCUGUUGCCAGGCAGAUAACUUAGUCUCAAGAAGUGCCCUCUCUGCUCUGGUGCCCUGCACCUGGUUCUGAUCUUAUUUACGCUGUUCAUUCUUUCAUGUCUAUUUUUCUGUUCAUUUGGGCACUUCUGUCAUGUCAUUUUGAAAACACCAUCUUUUGCUUUCUGUUUUAGGAAGUGCAUAAUAGAACAGUAGUAAGUACAACUCAGAACAAAAGAGCUACGACUGCCCAGUAUGCUCUUUGACCUGCACUGGAAUGGCCCAUUAAAGGAGUGGGAGGGAAUCUGCAAAGUUUCUCUGUAGGAAAUAACAAAUAAUAUCCCAAAAUCCACUGACACUGAUGUGUCACACACUGCACAGGCACAUGUUUCUUAAGUAUCAAGUUAUUUAAAAUAGUACACUGACACUUUCAUUUAAAAAUUAAGAGUUUUUUUAUCAUGUAAGAUAUGUUCACUCAUAACAGUGACGCUUUUGUUAUCAUCAUGGACUUUUUUUUUUUGCAGACUGGAAAAGAGCAAAUGGUUGAAAAAAGACAACAUGUAGGAGAAGGGUGUCUUUGCAGCCACAUCACAGUGCAAUAGAGACAUUUCAUAUUGUGUGAAUGUCAGGUGGCACUUUGAGCCUUGAGAUUUUGUUGGGAGUGGAAUGGUCUUCAAGCCUAGCUGGAAAUUUGGAUGUAACUUAAAAGAGGUUUGAUUUCAGUAAAGUCAUUUAUUCUUUGUAAUUGGAUUUUGUGCCACAAAUUUUAAUCAAACAUGACUUUUGUUUGUUGACUUGUCCACUUUUGGUUCUCAUGUGUAAUAAGGAGUGUUAGUCUUACUUGUAGGUUUGUUAGCAUCUCAACCAUCUUAAUCUGAAAGUUAAAAUUAGGUUAUUUCACCACAAAAGCAUUUUCCAAAUGUUGAUCGGGUGUUGUUUAACAAAAUACCAGAAAACUGUAUUUUUAUAUUGUGUAUCUAAGACCCUCCUGAGAUCCACGAUACAUAUGUUUGUAAAGCAUAUCUGCUCUGUUGCACUACAGGCAAAAAUGACUGAAGUUUUCAUUAUCUUGAGCUCUGUUGUGUUGAUGUGGAUUGGGAUUGGCAUGGUGACAGAUUAAGGGCUUUUAAUGAGCAAAAUGUGACUGGAAGAACUGGCAUUUUGCUUUGGGCAGGUCCAGUACUGUGUUCCACAACAGCAAAAUUUUCCAACCACCUAUCUAUUUUAUCAUAAUGCAAUUUAAUGCCAAAACAAACAGAACUUCACUUUAAUCAACCAAAAGUCUGAAUGAUAAAAAGGACCAAUCAAACCAUAAAGAAGAGCACAUUUCGUAAAAGUCAAUUGCCUUUUACUUUGGGACAAAUCCAUCAUUCAAUACAUUUGUAUUCCUCUUUUUAAGAAAGUGCCCAGUGCAGGAAGUUUAAGGUAACACAAACUGUGACAUUCUGUUUAAGUAUUCCUAUCCUCUCUCUAGUUUUUCUGUUACAAAGAGGUAAGGUACCAUUAUUCUAUUGAUCAGCACAUCAUUGUUGCUAUUGUUGCCCUUAAGUACCUGGAGUUUGGUUUCCUUUAUCAAAUAUAAAGUCAUGUUAUCUCCCUUCUGACAGCCACAUACAUUGGAGUGAACACAACAAAGCAGCUUCAGGAUCUCCACCCCUUUGUGUUAUGGUCCUGUAGCCAUGGGAAUGGAUUGCAACUAGGCUCUUAUUUUUUAGGCCAUCAUGUCUAAUAUCAGAUUCACUUCUAAGUCAUUAUGAUUGAACAUGGUCCAUACAUGACUCUAAUGAACAUUUGAAUAUCUUGAUGGUUUGAUUAAAGGUGGGCGAGUCGAGUAUUCUUUACCAAGCCUAUGAACUGUGAUUUGCAAAAUGUUCAGUUUUCUUUUGAUUGAUUUGAAAAACCCACAUGAUUAAAUGUGCACAUCUUUUCAGUGGUGAGACUGUU